AUGUCUAAAUCAAAAGAUGUUAGACUAGACACACCAAGAAAGGUUUUUCUUUAUAAUGAACUUGUUGCAACACUACUAAUCCCUGAUGACGAAAUAUUUUAUAGCGAAAUAGAAGAAGAAAAGGAAACAAAAUUAGACAUUAUAAAACCUGGUUUCUCUUCAGCAUUAAUAACUGAUUGUGUAAGUGAAUACUUUAGAGAAGGAGAACCUCCCAGAAGAGAAGAAUUCAAAAAGUUUAUUGAAAGCAAGGAAUGGGAACCAUUUAGAAAACAAAUAUUUAUGGAAUAUCCAAUGAUUGAAGAAAGGUACAAACGAGAAGUGUUUGACAACAGAAUGAAAGAAGAAGAAUUUUUUGAGAAAUUCUUUAAGUCAAGGUAUUUUGGGGGAAGUAGAAAAGAAUACUAUUGA